ACAUUUUGCAGCAACUCGUGCUCGAAGUGUGGUGUACACUUACAACGGCAUCGUGUGACAGUCGGUGAUUGUGGUACUUAAUCGUGAUUGUGUGAACCAGGAGGAAGAGACAGAUCGAACAAUCCAACCGAUCGAUCAGUCUGAGUACAUAGAACGCGAAGCAGUCUUUUCGGAGUGACUCUCGAGAUGAUGAACUUCGAAGGCCGUAUUUCGCGACCUGAAGAUCAACAUUGUCCCAAUGGUUUAAUGUUGCCGUUCAACCCCCCGUUCGACUACCGCUCCAUAUCGAACCAGUUCUUCGCUGUCAAAGAUGAGAGCCAGAACCUUAGAAAUGAGUGCAUCGAUAUGGUCAACCAGGAUGACAAUCAUGUGAAGCGACCGAUGAACGCCUUCAUGGUGUGGUCCCGAGCACAGAGACGCAAAAUCGCAUUGGAGAACCCGAAGAUGCACAAUUCCGAGAUUUCGAAACGGCUCGGUACGGAGUGGAAGCGUUUGUCGGAGUCGUCGAAACGACCAUUCAUAGAAGAAGCUAAACGGCUCAGAGCUCAGCACAUGAAGGAGCAUCCAGAUUACAAGUAUAAGCCCCGUCGCAAGCCCAAGUCAACGAGCUCUGCCGAGCGACAGCAGCCGCCGAAAAAAGAAUUUCCACCGUUUUACGAGUACCUGGGUCGCGAUGAUGAGAAGCGAUUGAAUGUUCCGUUACCUCAGCACCCGUUCCUCGGGAGACUCGUUCCGGCGUCGAAUCAAACCACCAGCCUCACGGAUCACAGGUCAGAUCGCCUUCCAUAGUUCGGGUCAGCCGAGGUAGCUGCUGCUGCUUUCAACAGUUGUAUGUAGAUCUGACCCGGGUUCCUGUUGCGAACAGGAUAUCUCCACCGAAGGAAACCGCGAAAUGUGACGCAGAGCAGUCAGCGCCCACCGAGUUCGCUUCGAGUAGUGUUUAUCCCUCUCUCUAUCAGCAAUGGGUGACA